UGUGACACUACGGAAAGAAUCAAAGAAUUCCCACUACCUUUUCUACCUAUCCCCCCCAAGCAUCUCAUCGAAUCCAGAGAGAAAAAAUUCCGGCGACCGGGAAAUCCCAGACACAACCCUAUACUCUGUUCCGAUCUUUCGCUUUCUCCCUGAUCUGACUUGGUUUCGCAGCUCCAACCUUUCGACAUCACGGAAGAUCAAUCAACUCUUUUGGCUGCAGGUCUAUCCGCAUUACAACUUACUGCAAGGUUUUAGUUCGUUGAAAAAAAUCUUCUGUGCCAUUUUGAGCGCUUCUUGUGGGAAUUUCUUUCAGGACUGAGUGAUCAUUUUGAAGGAGGAUAAAAGAAGAAGAAGAAAGAAGAAAGAAGAGGAGGCCUUUCGGUCUGAUGGCACCAAGCACGAUUAGGAAAGCUAUCGGGACUGUGAAGGACCAGACAAGUAUAGGGAUGGCUAAGGUGGCUAGCAACCUGGCUCCAGAGCUGGAAGUGGCUGUAGUGAAGGCGACUAGCCAUGACGAUGAUCCGGCACGCGAAAAGUACAUUAGGGAGAUACUCCGUUUGACUUCAUAUUCCCAUGGUUAUGUUAGUGCCUGUGUGUUUGCAGUUUCCAAGAGGUUAGGGAAAACACGAGACUGGAUUGUCGCCCUCAAAUGUUUGAUGCUUAUUCACCGCCUGCUCAAUGAUGGUGACACAGUAUUUCAGCAGGAAAUCUUGUAUGCCAAGAGGAGAGGCACACGACUGUUGAAUUUGUCUGAUUUUAGGGAUGAGGCGCAUUCGAACUCAUGGGACCAAUCUGCUUUUGUCAGAACUUAUGCCUUAUAUUUGGAUCAAAGGUUAGAGGCAAUUCUAUUUGAAAGGAAUGGAAAUGGGGGAGAGCUUGAAAGAUAUAGGCCAUAUGAAGAUCAGCAACAGAGAUCACACGUUGACUCGAAUAGGGUUUAUUAUGAGAUGAAGAGAUCAAGAUCAUCUGGGGAUGUUAGGGUUUCAAGCCAAGAUACGAAGGACGUCACCCCAUUGAGAGAGAUGAAGCCUGAAAGAAUAUUUGGAAAAAUGAGUCACUUGCAGAGGUUAUUAGAUCGGUUCUUAUCAUGUCGACCAACGGGGUUGGCUAAGAAUGAAAGGAUGAUUUUGGUGGCAAUGUAUGCUAUGCUGAAGGAGAGUUUCAAGCUGUAUUCAGAUAUGUGCGAGGUCUUAGCUGUGUUAUUGGAUAGAUUUUUUGACAUGGAGUAUCAAAAUUGUGUUAAGGCCUUCGAUGCUUAUGCCAAUGCAGCUAAGCAGAUCGAUGAGCUUUCUGGGUUCUAUAAUUGGAGUAAGGACAUUGGCCUAGCAAGAUCUUCAGAGUAUCCAGAAGUGCAAAGAAUUACCAGCAAGUUAUUGGAUACCUUGGAGCAGUUUUUGAGGGAUAGGGCGGCUCUUACAAAAAGCCCUGAGAAAAAGGUGGAGAGUCAGCCAGAAGUAACCAAGGAAGAGCCAACUCCUGAUAUGAAUGAUAUUAAGGCCUUACCUCCACCUGAAAAGUAUACUCCUCCUCCUCCACCAGAGCCUGAACCCUCUAAUGCUAUUGUUAAUCAGGAAAGCGUAGUUUUUUUGGUAGAUUUGAGAGAUGAUGGGAUAUCUGCAGAUGAUCAGGGGGCAACCAAUUGGCAUUGGCAUUGUUUGCCAAGCCUGAAGGACAAAAUGCUGAGCAAGAGGUGAAAUCUGCUUGGCAGAACCCGGCAGCUGAGAGCGGUAAAGCAGACUGGGAGCUGGCUUUAGUGGAGUCUGCAAGUAAUCUGUCCAAUCAGAAAUCUGCAAUGGGGGGUGGGCUUGAUCCAUUACUGCUCAACGGAAUGUAUGAUCAGGGGAUAGUGAGGCAACAUGUGAGUACAGUCGGGUUGACUGGUGGAAGUGCUAGCAGUGUGGCACUGCCUGGACGGGGGAAGAUCGAAACACAUGUAUUGGCACUUCCAGCACCCGAUGGAAACGUCCAGACAGUUGGGCAGGACCCAUUUUCUGCUUCUUUGAGUUUUCCGCCACCUUCUUAUGUACAAAUAGCAGACUUGGAGAAGAAGCAACAGUUUAUGGCGCAUGAGCAAAUGAUGUGGCAGCGGUAUGCGAGUGAUGGGAUGCAUGGCCAAGCUGGUUUGGCUAGGAUCAACACCGGUGCGUAUUAUACACCUGGUCAACCAUCAGUUUUGCCUUAUGGAUUGCCACUGGGAAACGGGAUGGGAAUGCCAGCUUCAGGGUACCAUUACAGCCCCUAUUGAUUUUGUUGUCCCAUGUUUUCACAGUUUUUUUAGUUUGUGGUUCCCAUAACUGGCAUUGCCAUUGGACCCUUUUCCAAUGGACUUAGUGUAAGUAGGCCAAUAAAGGGUAGAUGAUAGAAGAUGAGAGAUUUGCUCCAUGUAUGCUAAGUAGUGCUUCUUUCUGUUCCGUUACAUUUUGGGUUAUGUUUAUAUUUUUGUCUUUGUGUUU